AUGAAGCCCGUCGUGUCUGCUAUGAACGCAUGGACAUGCUGCAUCAUCUCCAUAUUUGCAGUCAUCAUCCUUUCCGUCAUCGGUUCUCUCUUCAAAGCCAACCACCAUUCUAUGACCGGCUCUAAGAAGGAUACAGAACACCCUGCAGCCGUUGCAGCUUCAAUAUUCACCGCUGUUGUCAUCUAUGCUUGCUUUGCCGUCUUCUGCGGCUUCCAGGCCUUCCUACAUAUGCGAUCGAGCCAACGGGGAGCCAUAUCGUUGAAUUGA